CAAGGAAUUUACCACAAGGGGGAGACCGAGGACAAAACUACAAAGAUUGCAAUGAAAUCAUCUGCUGGUGUCUUUCUGUAAAAGUCGGUCCUGUUAUGUCCAUGAUCUGGGCUGUUGCUGCUAUUUCUUUGGCGUUUCUUGGGAUAACCGACCUAGGAUGAGGAUCACUGAUUCCGCGGUGAUUGUGAUUUUAGCCGCCGCGCUGUGGACUGUCAGCGGGUUUGACGCCGGCCAAACCCCUUGUACCACUCUGGUCCAGGGGAAACUAUUCGGCUACUUCUCCUCUUCAAUGGUCUUUGCUUCCAACAACUCUGCCUGCUCCUGGAUUAUCCAGAACCCCGACCCGAGGAGAUACACGCUGUACAUGAAGGUAGCCAAGACCAGUAAUAUAUGUGAGAGACGCCAGAUACGCACCUACCAGUACGAUUCUUUUCUGACAAGCACCCGCACCUAUUUGGGCAUGGAGAGCUUCGACGAAGUGCUGAGGCUCUGCGACUCCACGGUCCGUUAUGCCUUCCUUCAGUCCAGCAAGCAGUACCUGCAAAUGAAGCAGGUCUCAGGGGGUGUCUUUGGCCGGGCAAAGGGGAGAGGCGGCAGGAUCAAAGACAAGGAGUUCACGGCCGAAUAUUUAGUGGUAGGCAACAGAAACCCCAGCAAAGGGGCUUGUCAGAUGCUCUGCAAGUGGCUGGAGACUUGUCUGGCCAUCAGUACCAGCGCCCGACCCUGCGGCAUCAUGCAAACCCCCUGUCAGUGCUCCAGGGCCGACAGUAUGGGUCAGUCCACUGAAAUGUUGGGCUUGAAUAAGAAGGGAGAUAGCUGCUUGAAAGACGGCGUCUACUUGGAGCAUUGCAUCAAGAACCCCAAAGGCAGCAUCGAUGCGGAUUCUGCCGGUGGCUGGAAAGCCUGGUCGUCUUGGGGUGACUGUACCAAGUCGUGUGGGGGUGGAUUGCAGACCCGAAGCAGAACCUGCCAUUCCCAGUUAGAGGAAGGGUUUGUUUGUGAAGGAAUUUCAGAAGAAGGAAGAUUAUGCAAUAAACAGCCUUGUAAUACAUAUGGACGCUAUAGUUCCAGAAGCCAGUCACUGAGGUCAAUAGACUACAGGAAACAUGAAGAUGUUGACGGUUUCCAUCGCUAUGGAUACUCCUUAUCUCAGACUGGCGACCCUGCAGCAGAGGAAUGGUCCGCCUGGACUGUCUGUUCUUCGACUUGUGGGCAGGGUACACAGACCCGGAUGAGAUCCUGUGUAUCAUCUCCAUAUGGCACCUCGUGCAGUGGACCUCUGCGAGAAAUGAGACUAUGCAACAAUUCAGCAGUGUGUCCAGUCCACGGUGUCUGGGAGGAAUGGUCACCAUGGAGCUUGUGCUCUUCCACAUGUGGUAGGGGUCACCGAGAUCGCACCCGUUCCUGUAUACAGCCCCAAUUUGGAGGGAAUCCUUGUGAAGGUCCUGAGAAGCAAACAAAGUUCUGCAACAUUGCACUCUGUCCUGUGGAUGGGAAUUGGAACGACUGGUCGAGCUGGAGUCAAUGUUCCACCACCUGUUCGAACGGGACUCAGCAGAGGACAAGGGAAUGCAAUGGUCCUUCCUUUGGAGGAGCUGAAUGCCAGGGCUACUGGUCUGAAAACAGACCAUGCUUUCCAAGGCAGUGUCCAGUGGAUGGAAAGUGGCAAAAAUGGACCAAUUGGGAACCUUGCACCAAAAGUUGUGAUGGCGGAACACAGCUUCGAGUGAGGGCCUGCUACGGACCAUUUUAUGGAGGGCUACAGUGUGAAGGACCUCAAGAGGAGUAUAGACUGUGCAAUGACAAGAAAUGUCCAGAACCUCAUGAAUACUGUCAGGAAGAAAAUUACAACUCAAUGGUGUGGACAAAGACAGCAGCAGGCGAAUCUGCAGUGGUUAACUGCCCUCCAAGUGCUGCAGGAAUAAUCCUGAGAAAUUGUCUCCUAGAUGAUGAGGGAAUCGCCUUUUGGGAACCUCCAAGCUUUACCAAAUGUGUAUCUAAUGACUACCAGAUGUUGCAAACUGAGACAAGAGAACACCUAACUAAGGCCCAGCGAGGGCUAAUCGGUGAUGGGGUAUCAGCAAUUAUAAGAAAGCUGGCAGACACUUCAGAGGGAGGAACAAGCUACAGUGGAGACAUCCUAGCCUUACUUGACAUUUUGAAGAACGUGACAGAAAUCUUCCGUAGGGCUUAUUACACUCCUGUCUCUGGAGAUAUCCAGAAUUUUGUUCAAAUAGUAAGCAAUUUGUUAUCAGAAGAAAAUAAGCCAAGAUGGAAAGAAGCUCAGCUGACUGGGCCAAACUCAAGGGAAGUGAUGCAGACUGUUGAGAAUUUUAUUGAUGUCAUUGGUUUUCGACUGAAUGACUUCAGAGACUCCUAUCUUGUCACUGAAAACCUAGUGAUAUGUAUUUAUAAACGCCCAGCCAAUGGGGCUACAGAUAUCAAUUUCCCCAUGAAAGGAUGGAGAGGGAUGGUUGGCUGGGCGAGGAAUUCCGAAGAUAAAGUCACUAUUUCGAAGAGAGUCUUUUCCAAGGGGGUAUCAACAGAGCCAGAUGAUUCUUCAGUCUUCGUCAUAGGAACUAUCCUCUAUAGAAACCUGGGGGCAUUCCUGGAUCUUCAAAGAAAUGCCACAGUGUUGAAUUCAAAGAUAAUCUCGGUUAUUGUAAAGCCUUCUCCAAAAUCUAUAUCCAGCCCUUUGGAAAUUGAAUUUUCUCAUCUAUACAAUGGCACCACAAACCAGUCAUGCAUUGCAUGGGAUGAGUCCGACAGUCUUGGUGUACAUGGGGUCUGGUCGAGCCGGGGCUGCAAGACGUUCCCUAUCGACUCGUCACGUACAAAAUGCAAGUGUGACCGACUCUCCAGGUUCGCCAUUUUGGCUCAGCUCUCUCCAGAUUCGAACAUGGACAAAGUGAUUCUACCUUCAGUCACUCUGAUCGUUGGUUGUGGAGUUUCCUCAUUGACUCUCCUGUUGUUAAUAAUAAUUUAUGUAUCUGUCUGGAGGUAUAUUCGAUCAGAGCGAUCAGUAAUUUUAAUAAACUUCUGCCUGUCAAUCGUUUCGUCAAAUGCUCUCAUCCUGAUAGGACAAACUCAGACAAGAAAUAAAGUAAUCUGUACCCUUGUGGCAGCAUUUCUGCAUUUCUUCUUCCUGUCAUCAUUCUGCUGGGUUCUGACUGAGGCCUGGCAGUCAUACAUGGCCGUCACAGGAAGGUUACGAAACCGAAUAAUUCGGAAGCGUUUCCUUUGUCUUGGAUGGGGACUUCCAGCUCUUGUUGUGGCAACAUCUGUUGGAUUCACCAAAUCAAAGGGAUAUGGAACAGUAAAUUACUGCUGGCUUUCCUUGGAAGGUGGUCUCCUCUACGCCUUUGUUGGACCUGCGGCUGUUGUUGUUUUGGUGAACAUGGUUAUUGGCAUUCUGGUAUUUAACAAACUUGUUUCGAAAGAUGGAAUAACAGAUAAGAAACUGAAGGAACGGGCAGGUCAGAUGACAGUUCCCCUUUACGGUAUGGCGCUCAAAUGUUCCAAGUGUGGAGUUAUAUCUUCAGCUGAAGUAUCGGCUACAGUCACCAGUAAUGCCAUGGCAUCUUUGUGGAGCUCUUGUGUUGUUCUCCCACUCUUAGCUCUGACCUGGAUGUCUGCUGUCUUAGCCAUCACAGAUCGAAGAUCAGCUCUAUUUCAAAUCCUCUUUGCAGUCUUUGACUCUUUGGAAGGCUUUGUCAUUGUAAUGGUCCACUGCAUUUUGAGAAGAGAGGUGCAAGAUGCAGUGAAAUGUAGAGUUGUAGAUCGUCAAGAAGAGGGAAAUGGAGACUCUGGGGGUUCGUUUCAGAAUGGACAUGCACAAUUAAUGACUGACUUUGAAAAGGAUGUAGAUAUGGCAUGUAGAUCAGUUUAUCAAGCUGAAGGAUGUCAGCGCUGGGGAGUGGAUCACUUUUCUACUUUGAGAAAGCAGUGUCAGGAUCAAGCACUCCCAGUUUUAAAUAAGGAUAUCAACGCAGUCAGAACAGGGACGCUCACAGGAACACUGAAGCGAUCGAUGGCCCAUGAAGACGAGAUGAAAAUAAAAUUCACCCAUCAGAAGUUAUCUGGCUUUUCAAGUCUUCCAGCAAAUGUGUCAAAAAUGCAUCUCCAGGGAUCGCUGAAUUAUCCAGGAUCAUUAAAUGUGAACGAGUUUAGUGACCACACCUUGAAAUUAAAUAAGAGUGAACAACCAAAAUCAAUGUAUAUAUGUGAUGGUGACAUUUUCAAGCAGUUAGACUCAGAGCUAGCACGAGCACAGGAACCAGUGAUGGAUACUAACUAUGUCAUUCUGCCCACCAAUACCUCAACCCUGAGGGCCAAACCAAAAGACGAAAGUAAAUAUAACAUUAACAUUAGUCAAUUGCCCCAGACUAGACUUAUUCACCUCAAUGCAGACAGUGGGUUUUGUGCUAAAAACACCCCAAUGGAUCGCAUCAACAUUUCUUGCAAUGAAAGGGCUUCUCCUGGCCACCAGACACAGAGUGCUACAAACGAAGCCCAACCUCCCAAUAACCUGUGUGAUGCAGGUGAUUCAGGGAACUCGGGGAUGGUGUCCAAAAGUGAGACAGUUUCUACAUUAUCCACAAGCUCUUUAGAGUUGUGGAAAAGGACACAAAUGCAAACCUUGCAAACUUAUAGUGAGCUGCCCAAGAGCCCUAAAUCCCAGAAUAAUCCUAGUCGCUCAUCCCUGAAUUCUCUCCAAUGUGUCAGUGUACCGUUGAAGAGAAGAAAAUCUAGAUACGCCGAAUUAGACUUUGAGAAAAUAAUGCACACAAGAAAACGGCAUCAGGACAUGUUUCAGGAUCUAAACAGGAAGCUUCAGCACGCUGAGAAAGAUAGAGAAUCUCCAACAGUGGACAACAAAGCUGUGAAACGAUGGAGUGUUUCAUCAGCAGGAAGUGAUAAAGCCAGUCUCAAUCAGCAGGAGAAGCAGACUCCAAUCAAGCGGCCUUGGGAAGGGAUCCGAAAAAUACAAUCUCCACCCACAUGGCUGAAAAAGGAACUGGAUCCCACUCAGCAUUCUCCCUUAGAAAUGAGAACAGUGGAAUGGGAGAAAACAGGAGCUACGAUACCACUUGGUGGACAGGACAUCAUUGACCUUCAGACUGAAGUCUGAUCUGAGGAGCGACCUUUUUUUUAAAUUUUAAAACAGAUUGGUUUCUUUUGAAACCUUAUACAGUACAGAUAUCUUGUUCUCAGAGAGAUAUUGUUUUAAACCUUGUGAUGCAGUCAGCGUCGUGUUGUCUCACUGCAAUGAGAAAACACGCUAGCGAACUCAAUACUCGUAGUCCAGAAGCUCUUAUCAAAGACAGUAAUGGGCAAAUUAUAUAUAUAUAUAUAAAUAUAUAUAUAAAUAUAUACAAAAAAAAACAAGUAACCAGUUUAGUGUUGAUUGCUUGAUAUGCAAGCAUUUUUUGCAUCAAAAUUUAAUGGCAUUUUCUUGUCAUAUUGUGUAUUAUAUAAAAAUGAAAUUUCAAAUAGUAAAUACAAUGAACAUACUUAAAAACUGUGAUGUACCUGUCAAGAUUUUAGAUAUAUAAAUUGAAAGCACAAGGCCUUGGCUACCCUGCUGUAUAAUAUGUAAUUAUUACACCUAUUGACUUUUAGCUUAAAUAUCUUUCUACUGUGUUUAAUUUUCCUGUUAAGUUAACAAACUUUAACAGUGUUCUGUACAACAACAGAGUAAAGCUAAUGUUAUGCCACGUGUUUAAUAAUUGUUGACCUACAAGAUUCUACUUUUAUGGUUGGUUAAACUGGUACUGGUUUCCUAUAUCCAUGUUUGUCAGUUUUUCUGUACAGUUUUCAGAGCACAAAUGAAUGUGUCCUUUCUAAUAAAAAUGUAAACUAUAAGUAGUGUACUUACUAAAACUCAUUAUGAAGGACCAGGAAAAAUUAUAUCUGAUCUAAAAAUGAGAACUAGAUGAGCAUAAACUUAUUUGGUGACUAUUAUCAGAAAUAAUCGUUUGAAGAAUCAAUGCUCAAAAAAAAUGGAUCCUCACAUUUUCUCACAGCAUGGGAUAUUAACUCUCUGCCAGUUCUUUGAAACAGAGCUUCGCUUAGAUAUAUUUACCUGUCAUUAUUUGAUGUGUGAGAAUAAUGAGUACUCUUGAUAAUUUCAUUUUCUUCUAUAUUGCCAUAGAUAUUGCUGGACCACACCUCCAGCUACUUCGUGCAGUUUGUUCAGUAUUGUACUGUAUUGAGAGGGUAGUUUAAUGGAUCAUAGCUCCAACAACCCAAGAUCAGUUCUGACCUCCGGUGCCAUUUUUAGAGAUUCUCCCUAUUUUCUCUGGUACUCUGGCUUCCUGUCAUGUCUAAAAUGUGUGCAGAUUUUUAGGUUAAUUGGCCACUGUAAAUAGCCCUCAGUGUAAGCAAGGGGCAGAGUCUGUGUGGAGUUGAUAGGAAUGUAUGGUGAAUCAGCUGUAAGGAAAUUUACUGGGGAAUGAGUUUGCUCUGUGGGCUACAUGAACUUGAUGGAUCAAAGUGGACUCUCCUGUGUAAUAUAAAGUAUAAUUGAGCUUGACUUGCUUCUGUGUGCUGACUUAACCAUUCUCCACAGAAGACGAAUAUAAUUUUGUGAUUUCCCCCAAGGAGGAAACAAAUGAAAUAGUGAAGGAUCAUUGUUUCUUGACUCGUCCUGUGAUUGUAAGGAAGGGUUGGAUUUAACUGGUUUCCUGUCCUCAGUAGAAGGUCCAUCAGUAAUCACACACUUCAGUUACUCCUUCAGGUUGCUUUUUAAAAACCAGAAAUUGAAAUGUGCCUUUCAUUUCUCCAGUUCUGAAAACUGAUUUCAAAAAGGAAUUGAACCACUCUAGAAUUUCUGCUGGAUGUUUUCAGUGAUAAUUCACCUUUUGGAACUGAUGUAAUUUCCAUCCACACCAUUCAAUGGGAUGAUACUGUCAUUCACCUUGGAAGCAGGGUGGUGGACUUAGUUAACUGGAUAUGAUUAUUGUUAGCUUUCUUGAGAGUAGUGACAUACCUCUCCCCAGAUUCAUGUCCAAUAUACUGAAUAUCUCUAAUCUCCCACUCAACCCAGCAAUCUCUUGCCUUCCCUAACCUGUUGAUACCCCCACUGCCCAACAAUGGCUUCACAUAACUCACCAUGUUUUGUCAAGACAUAAAAGACAAACAAUUCAGCCCAUGUAGUCUAUGCCAGCUCAGAGCAAAUCCAUUCAUAAUUUUCUCUGCCUCUUCACAUCCCCUCUGUUCCUCCUAGAUUCUACCAAUUUGCAGUAGACAGUGAAACUACCAACCUGCGAGCCCUUGGAAUGCGGGAGGAAACCAGAACACCUGAAGAACAUGGUCACUGGGAGAACAGACAGUAGCCAAGUUUAGCAUUGAACCAGGGUGACUAAAACUGAGGUAGUAACAAUUAGUUUUGGCAUUGUUCCACAAGUCUUCCCCUUUAAGCCAAUGACCUACCUCACAAAUCUCUGAUAAUCCACCACCACACCUCCUGACACAUGGGAAUCCCCCUUGACCCAUCAAUCAAUCGCAAUGCAAUAAAUUUUCUGCCUAAACUUACCUAUCUCCCCGACCACAAUGUAUCUCCCACCAAACCCACUGAUCUCUUUACCAAAGCAUCAAUUGUCAAACUUAACCUCAUAACUAUCACCUACAGAUUCUCACCACAAAUCCAUUGAUGUCAUGGAAUAUGGAUCUCCACUUCCUGACCCAUCAAUUACCCUACCAAUCUCCCAACCCGAUGACCACUGUCUACUAUAGUCUCUCACCCCAAUUAAUCCACCCAAACCCACCAAUUCCACCCUUCCCGCCCCCAUCUGAAUGAUCACUCUUCUUCCUGGUCUCUGCGCUAUUUUCUGCCCACCCUUCCAUCCAGCCCAGAUCCAUAAUCUUCAAUCCAGUCAACCCAUUGAGAACUCAUACUAAUCUUUUUUGACAGAAAUAUCAUUUUUUUCACCCAGAAGUGAAUAAAGUAAAACUGCUAGUUGAUGGUUCCAUAAGCAGAGAUUUAAUUUAAUUGGCAUUAGAACCUAAGAGAUCAUAAAGGUAAUUUUCUAUUCAGCUAAUGGUUAGGGAUUUGGAAUGCCUUGAUAAGAUUAUAUUAAUUCUGUCAUAGUCUUCAACAUAGUACAGCCAGCUUUUUCAUUAUGGAGGUGUCAUCUUGAAAAUCAGCCUUAUUCCAACUUUCCAUAAUGCAAAACCACAUCUUUUGCACGUGUCUGGAAAUGCAAGUUGAAAGAAAAUGUUUGAGGUGAAUUUUUUCACAUAAAUUCUGUGAGUAAAUUUUAUUUCAUAUUUCAAAUUUUGAGUAGUGAUUUGAAAGGAUGAAUUUCUCUAAUGCAGGUGCAUCAGUACUGGAUCAAUUUUCAAAAGAAAAGCAGGUAUGAGUCUUAUCAACAGAUUAAUUACAAAUCAGUUAAAUUUCUGGGGUAUUCAACAAGGCUUAGCUCAUUAGUGUUCAAAACACAUGUUUUCUGAUCCCCUUAUUCAAAAAAAAUGUUGUAUACAUUUAAUAUGUAAAGAAAACAUUUUCUUAUUAAAAAAAAAGCCAGACGUCAAAAAUCUGAAAGAAAGUCUUGAAAAGUUAGAAGUACAGCAAACUGGAUAAUGCUGAUUGAAAGAAUGAGCCAGUUAUUUGGAUAGACUUUCUUUUUAAACAGUGAUGAACCUAAGUCUGUGCCAGAGUUACCAAGUGGCCUGUUCUCUCCAGAGAUGUGUCUUGCUUGAUGAGUGUUUCCUACUCUAAGUGCAUUGAGAAUUUUCUACAAGUCCUUUUGGCAAAAGAAGCAGUGAACCGUGAAAUGUAAUAGAAGAUUGAGAUUUAGCGUUUUCUACUUAAAAUCUACAAUAUCUGCCAGUGAAGUAAUUAUCAAAGGUGUAUACCUGUGCCAUUGUUAUUAAAUUCAUUGUAAAUAUCUUCAUAAUUCUCAAUUGAUUCUUCAUGGAAGUGCCAUCUUUCUUUGAAAAUUGUUGAGAAAUGCUCUGGUCACCGUUUUAUGUUCAGAUCUUGUUUCUAAUAUUGUCUUUAAAUUUUCUUAAUCAUUGUCUCAGACUCCUGCCUUCCUCUCCUGUGGGUGCUGUAAGGAUGAUAAUGAUCAGCCCAGAUCUUCAUGUCCUUUGUCCAUACAUAUUCUUCCCAAGAGCAGUUUCUGGAUAGUAAUUAUGAGAAGAACCUUUGUAGAGACUUUUUGAAUCCAUUUAUUUGAAAAAUGUAUCACUGGUCAGGCUGGAAUUUAUUGUCUAUUCUCUUUUACACUUUGGAAGAUAGCAGCAAGCUGCUUCUUGAAUCAUUGAUGCCCUUCUCUAUUUAUGUUGCAAUGGGAUUUUCAGGAUUUAGACCCAGCGAUGGUGAUGAAAUCAGUAAGGGGUCUCUGUAGGGAGUGGUUUGUGCAUGGACCAACUG